AUGCCUAUGAGUGACUUUAUUUCCCUUGUGCUCACGCAAAUUGUGGAGCAUCCAUUUCACAUUCUCAUUGAAAUUGUGUUUACCGCCGCCCUCACCGUUGCUCUUUGGAGGAAGCAGGCGCGGCGGAGGAAAAAUCAUUCGAAAGCAGCCGCUUUUGAAAUGCCAUCACUGGAGGAGCAGGAGCUUCGCAUCGCGCAGUUUCAAUCCCAAAUGUUUCGUGCCGACUGCAAAACGACUUCCAACGCCGUGGUGCCCAAUGCAUUGGGGACGGCGGAGGUGGACUCCAGGGAGGGUUGUUACGUUACCAUUCGGAACGUGUCCGAUGGGAGCCUUUUGCGGUGCAUCGACUUUGCGACGGAGGACUUUCAUUCUUUUUCGACCCAUCCUACUGUGCUGGAGGUGGCACGGAAGACGGUGAUGGCUUAUGGCGUUGGAAGUUGUGGACCCCGUGGAUUCUACGGCACCAUCAAACCCCACAUGGACGCUGAAAGAGAUUUGGCAAAGUUUCUUGGUGUGGAGGAUGCUAUCAUUUGCAGUCUUUCGUUUGCAACAGUCUCAACCAUCAUCUCAUGCUUUGCAGGGAGGGGGGAGUACAUUAUUUUGGACGAUGGUGUUAAUUUGGCUGUUGCAGACGGCUGCACGUUGUCCCGCGCCACCGUUCACAAGUACCGCCACAACGAUAUGACACAUCUUGAAUCUCUUUUAAAAAAAGUUGCGGAGACGGAGAUUGCCGCCAAAAAAUUGUCUCGACGCUUCGUUGUUACAGAAGGCCUUUUUAUGAACAGCGGUGACAUCUGCAAUCUGCCACGAAUACUUGAACUGUGCCACACAUUCAAAUUUCGCCUUAUUUUGGAGGACAGUUAUGGGUUUGGCUCUCUGGGCCCAACGGGCCGCGGAACGCACGAGCAUUUUGGUAUUCCAGCAACCAGUAUUGAUUUGUAUGUGGGAAGCCUGAGCACUUCUUUAGGCGCUGUUGGGGGAUUCUGUGCCGGGACGCGAAAGUUAGUUGAUCAUCAGCGUCUUGCCGCGUCGGCGUAUGUUUUUUCAGCAUCCUUACCACCUUACAUCACGGCUGCCGUUUCCAUGGCACUGACCAUUCUGCAUGAAGACCACACAUACCCUGAGAAGCUGCAAUCUAAUGCGAAGUUGUUUCGCGAGGCCCUUCGGCAAGCCAGAUUCAAUUCAGACAAGAUACGCUUGCUGGAGUGCGAAGGUGACGUGUCUCCGAUUCUGGUUCUACGGCCCACCGAGGCCUAUUUAAAGGAGCACUCUCAGAGUGUGGAAAUAGAGCUGGAGCAAGUUGUUCAGGCGGCAAGGAAAAUGAAGGUGAUGCUGUUGCGCCAUCUUUAUUCUGCAGAUGAACAAUGUGAAAACUACCCGGCGCUGCGGAUCCUUGUGAAGGGAAAGGCAAACAGGGAGGAAAUUCAAAAUGCCGCCAAAGUUGUGGUCGACGCUGUCAAGACUGUUUUUCCGUGA